UGCAAUUGUUAAGGCUAAAGAACAAAUUGAAAGUGUGAAUUAUGAAAUUAUUAUAUGCUAUUUUGCUUUUGGAAAAAAGUUUAAGGAAAGAUUAGCUGAGUAUAUGAAAGAUAAUAAAGAGCAUAGAUCUCAGAGAAAACUUUAUAAAGAAGUUAAAAAACAGCUCCUAUCUAAUCUCUCGAAAAAUGCAAUUGAGAAAAGAAUAGAAAGAGCAAGGAAAAUUUAUAACCUUUUUAGUAGCAUAGGUGAGGAUAAAAUAUAA